GCCAGAUCCGGUCUUGGAAUUUGCUCAACGACACCCAAUCCCGCCGCAAGACAUGGCCCCAGCACCCAAGAAAAAGACCGGCGGCAAGACCCGCUCUGCCCUGCAAGAUGUCGUGACCCGUGAAUACACGAUUCAUCUGCACAAGCUAGUGCACGGUCGCUCCUUCAAAAAGCGUGCCCCAUGGGCCGUCAAGUCCGUCGUCGAUUUCGCUCAAAAGGCCAUGGGAACGCAGGAUGUCCGCCUCGACCCUGAGUUGAACAAGGAGAUCUGGUCGCGGGGCAUCAAGAGCGUGCCUCAUCGGUUGCGUGUUAAGCUCGAGCGGAAACGAAAUGACGAGGAGAACGCAAAGGAGAAACUGUACACAUACGCAUCGUUUGUCUCGGUCCCGACAUUCAAGGGUCUGCAAACUGUCGUCGUUGAUGCCGAGUAGAGUUGCCGUCGUUUCUUUCUUCCGUACCAUGUCAAGCAUAUUCUUCCACCAUCCCUAUGCUAUGCCGCAUGUCUCAUUGUAACUGGACGAACCGUGAAUCUAUGAUCACCUGUGUCGUAAUCUUGUGCGCCAUGUUCUUGUUCUCCAAACCUUUUUUGCUUCCACCUCUCGUGUCUGCGGUCACUUGCGGUCGCCUCAGAUCAAUCGAGAUCGAGACCACAUCCCUCGGACCAUGGUGCUGAAUUCUGCGGGUGAUCGGCCCGAUAAACAGUACUCGCGAAGACGAUACCGGUUCCGUGCGCGUGCAGUGCUAUUUAUGACAGAUCCCCGCAUUGUGUGCAUUGUGUGCUUUUACUGAACGAAAGCAAGCGCGUGUGCGCAGGUGUGUACCGUGUCUAUUUCUGGAACUGUUACGAAGGCCGUUAAGAGCAUCCCCUUCUCUUACUUUGAUUUCGACAUCCCGCUUGACUUUGACUCCUUGCCCUGGGCUGGUCCCUGGCCGACUUCGCCUUAUAAACGUAUUCAACGGCCUCCAUACUAGACAACCUCGCCAUGCUCCUAUUCGCAUGCCUCGCUCUCUUCAUGCACGCGUCGGCGUUUCCCAUCGCACAUCACACUUCGCGGGCUAUCAAGUCCGAUUUCCCUCUCAGUGCGUCGCCAUACCCGACGAACCCAACGACAGGCUGCUCUCAGCCCUCGACAUGGCAGUUUAGCGCGUCAGGCCAUAAGAACCUGACUCUCGGUGACCGCUCAUUACUGGUUCACAUCCCCAAGGAUUACGAUCCUUCAAUGGCGCACGCUCUUGUCGUCUCCUUCCACGCGUUCAAAAUGAAUGGUGCAGAGCAGGAACGGAUCAGUGGUUUCUCUGAGCCCGGUUUGCGAUUGAACGGGAAAGGAAUCGUCGCGGUAUACCCAAACGGGCAGUUUGGGCCAGGAAAAACCGGAAACGAGAGUAUACGCGCCUGGCAGGGUGCACCUUAUGCAGCAAAAGGAGUAGACGACAUUGCCUUCACACAGCAGAUGAUAGAGGCCUUGUCUGGUAAUCUAUGCCUAGAUUCUAACCGAUUCUAUGCUUCGGGCAAAAGUAACGGAGGUGGAUUGACGAAUCUUCUUGCUUGCACGCCUGCCACAGCCAACCUGUUUGCUGCAUUUGCUCCGGUCUCGGCGGCGCUCUAUGCUGGUGCCAAUCCUGCCGAUUGUUCUCCCGGGAGACCGAUUCCUCUUGUCAACUUCCACGGCCUGGCAGACAGAGUUGUUCCGUUUGAUGGGCAGUUGGCAGACCGGGAGGGGAAUACGGAAUACGCGACUCCCAAUAUCAGCCAGUAUCGAGCUGCAUGGGCGGAACGAAACGGAUGUGCCGCACACAAGGCCGCGGUUAUUGUGACCGGCAGCAGCUCGAAUCCGCCGCCGGGCGCGCGAUUGGGUCUCAACGCUCUUGUGUCGCAUCCGCAUGUGAACACCACGCUCAAACAGUCCAUCUGCGCCGUGGGAUACACGCCAGCAAUUGUGCAGGGCUUCACGGUCAAAGAUCUGGGUCACUCGUGGCCCAGCACUCUUGGACUCGAUGGAGGAGUGACGGAUUUCAAUGCCACGACUGCAAACAUCCUACCGUUCUUUGACGCACAUGCGUUGGGCAGCAAUGAGAAUACUGCGGCUUCCAUCUAGACGAGGCACUUAAGCUUGACGCUCUAUCUACUAAUAUCUGUCGAUGCAUCGUGUAGUCAUUUGCCAGUGGACUGUCUUCUUGAACCUUGCGCACACUCCAGUUCAGUUACCUUCCUAGAUUAUAUUAGCCAAGGCAACUUUCAAAUAAACCUUGACAUUUGAGCCGC